AUGUCAUCCUCCACAGCUGCGUCGAACAUUGAUGACUAUCCCUUCGGGCGAUAUAAAAUCAAUGAUGAAACCAUUCUAAAUGCUCUUAUUGAAAACACAAUGGCCACUAAUUCGACGACAAAUCAUCAUCCAAUUUGUGUAUUAGAAAAAAAUUAUAAUCAAAUUCCAGGACUCAUCGGAGUGCAUUUACCAAACCAUUCCAACGAAAGAGAUCAUGAAGAAAAUUCUAAAGUAAUGACUUUUUGGAAUUGUUGGUACAAUAUUGAUGAAAAUUCUCGAGAAAUGAAUGAAGAAUGCAUCCAAUCCAAGGAUCAACACAUUUUACAUCCCUUUUCUUCUUCAAAUCAAGUGAAUGACAUGACAGACAACAAUCAAACCUCCAAUUCUGAAAUAUUUUCAAAUUUAUUAUUUAUUUGUAUCAUGCAUGGUGGACACUUUUCUGGAGGAAUUUUUGAUUUUGAAAGUGGAAAAUGUCUCGUUCAUAAAACCUUCUCAAAUUAUGUCUCACGAAAGAAACAAGGAGGAAGACAACUUUCACACGAUAUUCAAACUGGACAUCGGGCCAAAUCUGCAGGAAGUGAAAUUCGAAGAAAUCAAGAAAAACAAUUUCAAGAAAAAUUACACACUCUAUUGACACAACAAUGGGCAAGCUAUUUUGUAGAGGAAGUUCCAACCCUCUCGAAAAGUGUAAUAACUAACAAUCAUGACAGUUCUUUGAAAUUAGCAAGUACCCAUCAUUCAAAAAGUGUUCAAAAAGUAUUUGCUUCAAUGGUGUAUUGUCCAGGUACCAUUAAUCGUGACAUGAUUGAACACUUGUUAUGGAAUGAACUCGGUGUGAAACACAUUCCCAUUCGAAAUAUUCCAUUUCAAGUUCCAAAACCUAAUUUUAUGAAUUUGUGUGCUACCUUUGAAAAACUUUGUUCCAUUCAUAUUUGCUCCAAGAAACAAGUUCCUCAGAUUGAUGAUCUGAUGGAAUUCACUCAAAAUCAUUCAUUAAGAGCAUUUUCAGAGAAUUCAUCUUCCACUGAUGAAGAUGAUCUUUCAAGUGAUGAUGACAACGACUCAUCCAUGUCUGAAGAACAAGACAAUACACGACCACCAAUAUGUGAAAAAUCCAAACAACAACGAUUGACAGAAGAAUAUUUAAGAAAUUAUCCAAGUCCACUCUCUCCUCAAUCUCCUCAACAGUUGGUAUUUGCCAAUGACGAUCAUGGUGAUGACACUGUUCAAUCUCCAAAAUCACCUCUUUCUCCACUUUUUCAAUUUUUUGGAUUUGAAACUCAUUCGAGUCGGGUUGUGAAUUCGACGCAUCGAUCUACUAACAACAAGUAUCAACAUUCAUUGAAUGAUGGACAACCAUUACUGUAUUCGAAUAUGAAAAAAUCAUCAAACAAAAAUCAUUCUUCAAAGACUAGUAGUAAUAGUAACAACAGUCGAACGAUUCAUUCAAAGAAGGGAAGAAAACAACUUGUUGAAAUAAGUGAAACAGAGAUGAGACAACAAUCAUUAUUCAUUUGGGGUGGAAUUUUUGUACUAGCAGCUGCAACCAUGGCAAUUUAUAUUUGGAAAUUUGCACCAGAAUCUUCCUCUAUGGAUGAUUAUUAUUGA